AUGUCUCCAAACCGCCCCGUUCUUGCCGUCAUUGGCGCCGGCAGCAUGGGCGUUGCCAUUGCCCGUCGGCUCGGUCCGUCCCACCACAUCCUUAUUUCCGACUUUUCCCCUGCAACCCUCUCAAACGCCGAAGACUCGCUCCGCUCUGCCGGUCACUCAUUUACGGCCCAGUCAAUCGACGUUUCGAAAAAAGAAUUUGUAGCAUCUUUCACGGAGGCUGCAGCCAAGCUAGGUCCCAUUCAGACUGUUGUGGUGACAGCGGGUGUGUCCAACGCAGCCAAUAACGCCGAGUUGAUUUACAACACGAAUCUCCUUGGCGUUGCCUUCAUCAUAGACUCAUUUCAGCCAUUGAUGGCUCCGGGCGGCUCUUUGACUGUGAUAGCCUCCAUGGCAGGUCACAUGAAGAAGCCGAACUCCGCUCUGGACGACCACUUCGCAACUGCCUCUGCUACCGAACUCCUCAACCAUGCAGACAUCAACCUUGCCGGAGACCCAGGCGACGCUUACUCCAUUUCAAAAAGAGGCUGCAUAGUUCGCGUUCGCCAUGCUGCAAUUGCUUGGGGCCGUCAAGGAAAUCGGAUCAACACCGUCAGCCCCGGUGUCACCAUGACCCCAAUGAUCGCCGAGGUGAUGCAGUCAGCCGCGGGAUCGAUGUUGGAGGGCAUAAUCAAAGGCGUUCCUCUUGGCCGUAUCGGUACGCCUGACGACAUUGCCGGUGCUGUUGCCUUUUUUGCGGGCCCGGAUGCCACGUAUGUCAACGGAGCGGAUUUGCUGGUGGACGGAGGCUCGCGGGCGACUCACCGGUGGCCCGGCACCGAAGCGGGGGCCGAAUAA